AUGCUUUCUGGAGAAGGCAGUGGAAGUGCAUCCUCCUCAUCCACGACAUACUAUGGAAGUUGCUUAAAUAUGAAUCCGGACGUAGCUGAGCGUAUCGCUUCACUUUUGUCCUCCCUGCGGCUCACUUCACUUCGUAACAAUAUUCCGCAAGAUGGAGAAGAUGAACGUUUGAAGAAAAUUCAUCGUCAAUUGGAAUGGUUGGUAAGUGAGGAACCCGACGAUCAUAGGCGUCGACGACUUCGACAUAUAUUGCCAGCAGCUAACUGUGUAAGAGAGCAGAUUUUUGCGCUUCGACGCUUUCUGCAUAAUAUUAAUACUGCUUCUAGUACAAAUUAUGCAACACAUAUACAUGGCGCAUUAACAGCUAUCAUGAAGGAAUCGUUUGAGGAAGAAUACCGUAAAUUAGCUACCGUAGUUGGUGUUCUGGAUGCGGUUGCGGAGCUGUUGAUAUUUGAAGUAGAUGCUUUUGAUAUUAAUUGUCCAGUGGAGAAUCGUACGAUUAGGAAGCUGAUAGCGAGUACAUUAACUAAUUUAACGUUUGGAAAUGCGCAAAGCAAACGUCGUCUGUGUUCGCAUCCGAAUCUUAUAGAAUAUACUAUUAGAAUUAUAAAUGAUUUCCAUGGUCUUGCUCAGGUAUAUGCUGGUUUAUUGCGAAAUUUGUCGUGGAUGGCAGAUGCACAAAUGAGUGCAACGUUAGCUCCAUCAGUUCCGGCACUUGUGCGAGCUUCACUCCGUGCAUAUCGGACAGCCGAAUCGAAAUGUUUGUGCGCUACACUUUCUGCGCUAUGGAACUUAGCAUCGCAUUCACGAGACAAUAAAAAAGCUCUUUGUGAAGAGCCAGGUUUUUUAGAAAUGCUUAUCGAAUUGUCAACAAAUGAUGCACAGCAUAUGGCACUGGUUGAACCAGCGACUGGCGUUUUGAAGUAUGCAUCAAUGUACUUAGCUGUGGUAGGAGUGGACCAAUAUUUAUCCACAAGUGCCAUUCAUAUGAUGAUGCUUCGCCUUAUCGAUUUGUUAAAUGGUCCGUCAUUCACCGUGAUAGGAAAUGCUUUAGGGAUACUGUCGCAGUUACUUGCCAAAGGCCAUCAAUUGCGAUCUCAUAUUGUGUAA